UUUUUUUUACAAAUAGCCUCGCUCUCAAUUUCACCUCGGCAUUUAUAAUUAUCAAAAAUAUGGCGACCCUCGAAGAUAAAGAAAUCUGGAAAGAUGCCGAGGAGGAACUUGGUGCAGAUGUUCUCAAAAUGUCCACAGAAGAGAUGGUCAGUAGAAUAAGACUUUUGGACAAUGAAGUAAAGAUAAUGAAAAGUGAAAUAAUGAGAGUCAGCCAUGAACAGCAAGCUAUGAAAGACAAAAUAAAGGAAAAUACAGAAAAGAUAAAAGUUAAUAAGACCCUACCUUAUUUGGUCUCCAAUGUUAUUGAGCUCCUUGAUAUAGAUCCUGAAGAUCAGCCUGAGGAGGAUGGGGCCAAUGUUGAUCUUGAUUCUCAAAGAAAAGGAAAAUGUGCUGUUAUCAAAACUUCUACAAGACAGACUUAUUUCUUGCCAGUGAUCGGUCUUGUUGAACCCGAAGAGCUAAAACCUGGUGAUCUAGUUGGCGUAAACAAAGACUCAUACCUCAUACUGGAAACAUUACCAGCAGAGUAUGAUGCCCGUGUUAAGGCAAUGGAAGUAGACGAGAGACCAACGGAAAAAUAUUCUGAUAUUGGGGGUUUGGAUCAGCAGAUUCAAGAGCUCAUUGAAGCGAUUGUUUUGCCGAUGACUCACAAGGAGAGAUUCGAAAGAUUGGGAAUCCAACCCCCAAAAGGUGUGCUGCUGUAUGGACCCCCAGGCACUGGCAAAACUUUGCUCGCCAGAGCAUGUGCUGCAGAAACUAAGGCUACAUAUCUCAAGCUAGCUGGACCACAACUCGUUCAGAUGUUUAUAGGUGAUGGUGCAAAGCUGGUACGAGAUGCAUUCAAUCUUGCGAAGGAGAAAGCACCUGCUAUCAUAUUCAUUGAUGAGUUGGACGCCAUUGGAACAAAGCGUUUUGAUAGUGAAAAGGCUGGUGACAGAGAGGUGCAGCGGACCAUGUUGGAACUGCUAAACCAACUUGAUGGAUUUAGUUCUUCGACCAACAUAAAAGUCAUUGCAGCGACAAACAGAGUCGAUAUUUUGGAUCCAGCAUUGCUAAGAUCAGGUCGUCUGGACAGGAAAAUCGAGUUCCCUAAUCCGACAGAAGAAGCCCGAGCAAGAAUUCUUCAAAUUCAUUCGAGGAAAAUGAAUGUCAGCUCAAAGGUAAAUUAUGAAGAACUUGCUCGCUGUACGGAUGAUUUCAACGGUGCCAUGUUAAAAGCUGUCUGUGUUGAAGCGGGGAUGAUUGCCUUAAGGCGGGAAGCAAAAGAGCUAGAACACGAAGAUUACAUGGAAGGUAUUUUGGAAGUACAGGCCAAGAAGAAGACCAAUCUUAUGUACUACGCGUAAAAUCGCACCUCAUCAACUUUAUGGUCGAUUCAAACGAUGUUAACUUUGACCAAAACGCUCUUUGUGUAUUUUUAUUGACAAUUUGAUUAAAUCUGUUACAUCAUUGUCAGAUAAAUUAGGUUAUAAAUGGUUGAGAAUGUCGAAAAAGUUGUCUUUUUAACGUUCUUCCUUUUAACUUAGUAGCAUCAAAAUUGUUGAUAUACUCUUUGUUUU